AUGCUUCCAUAUGAUCAAGAUGUUUCUCAUAUAUUAUCAGAAGAAAAUAUGGAAAUUCAGCAAAAAAGAAUUAUUGAAGCAAUUAAUAAUAUACAAGAGAGUUGUAUAUUUAAAUCAAUUUUAAGUGGAGGGACAGGAUUUGUAAUUGGUAGUGUCUUUGGACUAUUUAUGUCUUCUAUUUCUAUGGAUAUAUCAGUAGAUCAUAAAAUAUAUGAUAAAUCGUUUAAAGAACAGUUAAAAUAUGGAUUUAAAGAUAUGGGAAAACGUUCAUGGUUAUCAGCAAAAAAUUUUGCAACAGUUGGAGCGAUUUUUUCAGGUUCAGAAUGUUGUAUUGAAUCAUAUCGAGCUAAAAAUGAUAUAUAUAAUGGAAUUUCAGCAGGAUGUUUUACUGGUGGAGCACUUACUAUAAAGAGUGGUCCAAAGGCAAUGGCAAUUGGUUGUUUAGGAUUUUCAGCAUUCAGUGCUGUUAUAGAUUAUUAUCUUCGUUCGAAUUAA